AAUGUUUCAAGGAACAACGUCAAGUGACAUCAACUCCAGAGAGGUUCCAUCCAUUGAACCAGAUGAUGAAUACAAGCAGAUGGAGAAAGCAGAUGGAGAAGCGUCAUCUUCAGCGGAGACAAGUACAACGAAAACAAGUAAAUGGUCCCAGUUUUGGAAACAUGGAAAAACCAAAGUGAAAAAAAUUAAACAGCCAAAAAAGAUCGACGAUCCCAACGAAAACGAGGAAACAACGACCAAACACAAGACCUCCAAAUUCAAAUUCUUAAAAAAAACAACGAAUGGAAAAAGAAAAUCAAAAGCAACUUCUUCAGAAGAGCAAAACAUCGCAGCAGUUACACCAAGUGAUCUUUACAAGAAAAAAAACGCUUCCGCCACAAGAAGCCAAUAA